ACGUGGGCAAAAAGGUGAAAGUCUCUUAUUUUCCUCUAUUUCCUUCCCAAGUCAUGAUGAAUUAGAUGUGAAAAAAGACACAGAAAACACAAGGGGAGACCAUGGUAACUCUGCUAAAUCCAGGAAGUGAAAGAGGGAAGGAAAAUUCCUAAAAAAAAUAGUACAUAAAUCCACCCGAUGUAAAUAAACAGACACCCGGAGCAAUCAGCUGAUCUCUCCUCCUGAGGGAUUUUUCCCCUUUUUCGCGUGGUGGAAAAAAAAACAAAAAAAAAAUAGAAAAAAGAAAAAAACGUUGUGAGUGCAGAGUGAGUCUGUUUUUGGCUUAGAUCUUGGCCUUGUGACCCAGAUUGAGGCAGAGGAAGAGAUGGCUCGUAAGCGUGAAGAGAGAGCUAUUAGAAAUGCACAGCGGGCAGCUCGGAAAGCCCGUGCUUCUCAAAGUGGACAAGACCCAAGCUUCGUUUCUUUGAAGCAGCAGUUGGCGGCCAUGGGACUAACCCUAAGAGAAAUACCUGGAGAUGGAAACUGUUUAUUUCGCGCUCUAGGAGAUCAGCUAGAUGGAACGCCAAACACACACCAAAAGCACAGACAAGAUGUUGUUGCAUACAUGCGACAGCAUCGCAAUGACUUUGAGCCUUUCGUUGAGGAUGAUGUCCCCUUUGAUAGGCACUUGAGUAACUUGGCUGAACUUGGAACUUAUGCUGGAAACGACUGUAUUGUUGCUUUUGCACGCCUUCAUGAAGUUAACAUUGUAAUUCAUCAACUAAAUGCUCCCCUUUGGCAGAUUUCUGGAAUUGAAGGUAAAAAAAAUAUUCGCGAACUCCACAUAUCAUAUCAUAAUGGUGAUCACUACAAUAGUGUCCGCAGAACUGGAGAUGUAACAACCAGUCCUGCAAGCAUCAAGUUAGCUGUUCAGGAAUCCUCAAAUGAUACCAAAGAUAAAAAGAAGAACGGGAGCAAAUCCCCUGAGAAGUCCUACGGUGAUGACUACUGCCAGGACUAUGGCCAGGACUACGGCCAGGACUAUCCAGUGUGGUCGGGGGAGGGUUACGACUACUCAGAGCCAGUGUAUGAAGGUCUCUCCAAGGAGGAGCAGAUGGUCAUUGAUAAGACAGGCUGUGAGGAUCUGCAGCUGAUCAGGUUUCAGCUGGAGGCCCAUGAGUACGAUGUGGAGGAAGCCAUUGACUCUACACUCAGCUAUGUCAUCUCACAGCAGAAAGGAGAAAACCCUCAAAUCACACUCAGCAGUAAUGGCAUAUGGGGACCAAAUGGGACUGGAACUCGCAUAUUUGGGGAGGGCGCAGCCACUCCCCUGGUCCCCCCAACAUCCAUCCAUCCAAGUUACCAAAAGAAGACAGUGCAGGAGAAGCUCCAGCAGCGCCUGCGCACACAACCGCACAUGUCUAACGCCAAACGCAAGGAGCUGAAGAAGCAGUUGAGGAAACAGCAAGCAAAUGACAGGAAGAGGCAGCAAGCAAGCUAUGACUCGGAUGACCCGACCUCAAACCCCAGUGAUGACUCAGAGGUUAUCAUCGUCAAAGACAUUGGCUGCCUGAGUAUUUAAGUGACGUAGAUGGUACACAGUACAUAAAGAUGUUAGUUACUUUACAAGGAUUUAGACAUUAGCUAUGAGUGCUGAUGGUAACAGAUUGAAAACAUUACAUGAAUGGAUUAUUACUUUAUAACUUUAUAUUAACUGAUGAUGCAUGACACAUCAGUGUUUAUUGUGAUGUAAAAAAGUAAUUAAAAUAGAAGCUUUAUUGGGAGGGGAGGGGAGGGGGGCAAAACCUGUACAAGAUAGCAAAUUCUUUUUUUGAGAUGGUUGACAUGCAUUUAUUAAAUCUCAUAUUCAAUUGAUAGCUGUCAGGCAACAGAUAUUCAAAGGUAACAAAAGCGUUAGGUAAGGAGACAUCUUUUCAUUUAGCUUUGCCUUUUGGCUCAUAGCAGUCAUGUGUGGAAGUGAUUGUGCAAGGAAAAGAGGAAACAGAAGAAGAAAUAAUAAAAAAGACUAGUCGUGCAAAUAAAAGUCACUGUUUCUUUAUUUUAAGAUGUUUAUGAAGGAUCUCUGCCCAUUCAGACAAGUAAGAAAAACAAAUGGUAACAGACCUUUUGUUAUUUUGUGAAUCUUAUUUGGUGGAUCUUCAAGAUAGUGUUUGAGAUGGUUUAUCUGCCUGUAGGUCUGUAGGUCUUGGGGAGGGUUAAUACCCUUUGCAGAAAUAACCAUAAAAGUAAAAGAAAGAAGGAUAUAUCAUGUAGGCAAGAAAAAAUAAUUUAAAAUGUAAAUCAUAGUUAUUAUAGUAAUAAUUAUUUUAGUUAUUUUUUUCAUGCUGUUGACUUAAUUGUGAGUAUAGGUCUUACAUUCUCAAAGGUAUUACCAAAAAAAAACAAAAACAAAAUUAGUUUUGUGCUUCAGGGUUCAAAGCUGGUAAAGAUACACCCUUUUUAUAUUUUUCUGGUCUUUGUCUGUGAUUGUACUUUAGGAAAGGGCUUUAAUCAACUGUCCAUUUGUUCUUCAAAGACUACCAGUUGUAAAGAAGACAAAUAUUGCAAACUAUGCUAAGGCAGUAACUUGCCUUUAUACACCAGGUUGUUUCUUGUAAUUUAAUUCUCAGUAAAACUGCAGUAGAUAAAACCAGUGAAUGUGUAUUUUAUUUUAUAAUCAGUGUAGGGCAGUUCUAAUGUGAUCUGUAAAGACCUUCAUAGUAGAUGAUAUGUUUAUUUGCUCUACAUUUGUUUACAUUUAAUGAGGCAAAGAAAAAGUAGGAAGAACCAAUUGUAAGACAUGUGCAUCAACUUCUCAUUUCUCAAGCCCAUGACUAUGAUAUUAGUAUCACCAUAUUUUGUCUCACCACUCACAUUCACAAAUAUUUAUUAACUCUAAAAAAGCAGAGUCUUGUGUGAGGACCUGUGAUUAUAUUACUCUUUUACUUCUCUUCUUGCAAGUGCUCAACCUCCAAUUCAACAGCUGCUUGGUAAACUGCUAGUCACUAACUCUACUGCAGAUACUUCCUCAAGAUUUACAGGUUUGCAGUUUGGUCAGCUGACUGCCUGAUCAAACUUCAUCUGGAUACAGUGUGCUGUACUUUUUUGUAUAUGUAUAUUGAGGUGUAUACAUUUUGUUAUACAACAGUUGUGGGCUUUUAAGUGAAUUGGAUGAGACUGCAGUUGAUUUUUCUGUGAUAAGGAAGAAAUGGAAGUGUAAGGCUUGCAUUUUAUAUAUUCACCAUUGGAAUAAUUAAUAUUCACUGGAUGCAACAAGUAACUGCUGCCAAUUCAGAGCAAUCUACUGCACGUUCAUAUCCAUCUCAAAUUAUGAUUAAGUUUUACUGUUAGUAGGCAUGUAACUAAAUGAUUACUGACACUAAUAAGGAGCAUAUAGCAGAGGAUCUUGUUAAAGUUUAGAAAAAGAGAAACCAAAAAAAAAAAAAAAGACACAAUUAGGAUAGCAAGUCUCUUGGAGAUACUGAAAAAGGAUUCUAAAUAUUAAAUGCCUAUUAUGAUACUAGUAAUAUUUGAAAUUGUCUUAUAUUUCUACAUUACGUACUGUAAGCUUUUUGGAAUUCUUAUUCAAGAUAGAGCAAAUGUUCACUAUAAGCACUCAGAAACUUUUCUUAAGAGGUGUUAUUCAUAGUGGUCUGCUAUUGAGUGACAUGCAUCUGCAGACAAAUUUACACAAGGCUGUAUAACUGCAAAUGAAGAAUAACUUUUGAAA